AUGGCCACACACAUGCGACUGCGCCUCGUCGUGCGUCGGAACGGCCUUCCCGAGACAAACGUCAUAUGGCCCGUCCCCCUCGAGAACAAGCCCACCAUCUCGAUCCUCCUGGAGCACGUCAACGAGAUCCUCCCGCUGGAGAGCACCGACUGGGGACUUGACGACUACACCGUCGAGCUGAAGGGCAGCGAUGGCUCGAGCUUCGAGUGUUUGCAUUUCCAGCUUGUCGAGACCGUGCUGAAGGAGGACGAUCAGGUCUUCAUUCGACCUCUGCUCACAGAUGACCUGCGCCGACGACGUGUCAGCGGAAGACUCCAGAUUUCUAACGACGGGAAGCACUUGAUCGACGGAAUAGCUUUUGGAAGACCCUUGAUCAGAGCACCCCGCGGGCGACCCGCUCUCGACAUCCCACCACGAAAGCGAAGACGAAUUGGCUUCCAAGACGAGGUGGAGGAUGUGAAUGAGGAUGAGCACGACGACCCCGACUAUCAGGACCCGCAGGAGCUCCAGGAGCCCAUGUUGUUGCUCACCAAUGGCGAAGAGCAGCAGGGUGACCGCAGGAGGAGCAUCAGGAUCGCUGCCGACUUUGAUGAUCUGGACGCCAACCCGCAGGACGAGAAUGAGGGCGACCAUGUGCCUCUAGAAAUGGAAGGUCAGGACUUGGACCAGGAAAGCUCGGGAUCAGAUGAGGACGAAGAUGACGAUAUGGAACAUGAACUCAGUGAAGACGAUGAGGACGACCUGGCGAAGGAGCUCGAGGACUUACAAAAGGAUGGCGAGGACGAGGACACUGAUGCUCAGUCGACUCCGGGCUUGCUGCCAGGAAUACCCCAGGAUCCGUGGAAGGGCCAACCUAGGCAACAGGCACGUCCAAUGUCUGCCAAUGCCAACACCUCGGCAAACGGCGGCCUCUUGGAAGAACAGCUUCUGGCCACUCUUUCAAAGGACUUGCUCAAUCAAAACCUCCAUGACCUCCACAAGAUGGCUGCUCUCCACACUGCCUUUCCCAUGGCACCUGUUCAAGUUUGCCACGAAGUCCUUACGGCUGAAGAAGGAGACGUCAAGAAAUCCUAUCUCACACUUCUUCAAGCCUUCCAGCCAAAGCUUCCUGAGUCUGAGGCUCUGAAGCGAUCCGACUUUUUGAAGGGAUCUGAGCUCUUGAAGCGAUGGCACGAGAAUCAGGGCCAGCUCUCGCCGCCUGAAGUAAAUGACAACGUCAACAUGGAUGUUCCCGAUGUGGCCGAUCAGCCGGACGAUGACGACGAUGACGAAGAGUCUGAAGACGAAGAGGAUGAAGGUCACAUGAACUUUAUUCGCCGGUUUGAUCGUCAAGGUCUACCUCCUGGAUCCAUAUCCUCUGGCAACGCUCUCAAAGCCAUGGCCGAUAUCGCCAAUGGCCUGAAAGGUACCAACGGCGUUCACACCUCCUUCGAAGAUAACAAGUCAAGUGGUGAUAGCAAGGCGAUAUCGCAUAUUCCGACGGGCAGCAAGCGCAGAUUUGACGAAUCUCAAGCCGUGGACGAUGACGAUACGUCAAGCAGCGGGAGCAGCUCGAGCUCCGAUAAUGAAGAAGAGGCGAAUGACGAUGGCGCAUCUGAUAGCUCUUCAUCUGAUAGUGAGGAUGAGUAUGGCGGUGUCAAUGGCAACCUCAAUGGCGACGCAGACGGCUCGGAUACCAGCAGUAGCGCAGCCAGCAGCGACAGCGACAGCGACAGCGACAGUGAUAGUGCUCCCGAGGAGCAGUCUGUCAGAAAGGCCACAAUCGCCAAACCAAAGGCAACCAGUCAUAUCCAUGUCGGCGUCAACCACUCUGAUACUACCUCUAGCAGCAACGAAGACUCAGAUGCCGACGACGAGACAUCGUCUUCAGGCGAGAGCUCAGACGAUGAUAGUAGCGACUCCGAGUCAAGCUCUGGCUCUGACAGUGGAGAGAGAGACGCUCGUACGAAGCGACAUGUACCUAACGCAACUGCAACGCAGAACCUGCACAAUGCCGCUGUCUCGAAAGCGCACUCCCCACCAGUUUCCCUUAAAAGCACAGGAAUUCCUGGCACAGGUAGUGUUCAGACGAAGAAGCGUAAUGAGCGGCGUCGUCUGGCUCAGAAGACCAAGCAGGAUAUUGCACGGGCUGCAGCCCUUGGGACACUUCCCUCAGUUGAUCAAGAUGCGAGUCCCGCAGACGAGUCAACCCAUGAAACCAUGAAGAAGAGUAAAGCAGAUAUGGACAAGGAGCUCUUCGAGGCCAAGCGACAAGCUCUUCUUGAUGCUAUCUCCAAUGGUGGAGUGGAAGUUGGACCAGGCGGCGAGCUAGACUUGGGUGAAUCCCAAGUCGGCAAUAAGCGGAAACGAGACAAACCAGACACACCGAAGAACGUCAAAAAUACCAAAAUGUCUGACCAAGACAUUCCCGACAAGACACCAAAGGACAUCACCGCUGUGACCGCCGUCGCAGAGGAGACAGACUCGCCAUCUUCAACGCAGAAGAGACGUAAACUUGAUCUGGGCGCAAAUCGUCGAUUAAUUUUUGGUGCACUUGGGCUUCGAAACCCCAAGUCCAAGGAUGAUGAAGACAAACUGCGAAAUAAGCUCAUGAAAGAUGUUCGACCCCUUCAGAAUGCUAGAAUAAGCGAGGAAGAGGCGACGACGAAGUCUGCUGAUGUGUCAGAGCAACAGAAAGAGAGGGCACCGGUGCUUCCCGACGAAGACCCGGACGCUUGGCGACAGAAAAUCACUUACCGAGCCGUUGAGUGCUGCCAGGAAGGAGUCGAGCUGAGCGAGCCACCUUUUCCUUUCGUCCAACGAUGGGACCCACAACAGCAAAACGGCUGGUUCCACAAGAACAACAAACGAGGUGGCCGCGGCAAGAAAGUUGAGCGGAACCAACCGCACUUCUACCAAGAUGACCAGAGUCAAGGGAAGAAGCGAGUACACGAGUCUCAGGGCUGGGAUGAGAGCUACUACGAUGACUCAAUGCAGGCCGCUCAGACUGAUGAUACACCGGAUAUCGUGUUAAACUAUGAUGAUGUCCAAGACCAUACGGUUAACGGCGCUAACGAUACAAUCCACAUGGCUGACAUCGACGAUUUGCCGUCUUUGCCAGAUAAUCUUAACGAUCUGAAGCCUCUUCAUCCUGGUGAGGCACAAAAUGGCAUGGUCAUUACCUGGAAACAGUUCAUCAUGUCCAAGGCCACCAAAUGGCAGCCACAAGUUCUUAGCCUUAGUGGAGUCAUCUGCAGAAUUGAUGAUGGUGCGACAGGUCUCGAGGUUCUCCUGGCAAAGCGCGAUCGCGAUUUGGAAAUGCCGGAGAAGGAGUACGACAACAAUACAGGACGACGCGUCUAUGACAAGUUUGAGGCUCCAGAGGUAGAUGAUGACGAGGAAGAAGAAGAUGAAGAGACCAAGAGAAUGAGAGAGGGUUACCGAACAUUGAGUUUUGCUACAAUCCAGGACCCUCGAAUCUUGCAACCUGCCAUACCCCUGGGCGAGCCAGCCGGAGAAACUACUAUCCCUUCGAUUGAGCAGGAACCUGAGGAGCGUACUGAGCUUCAACAGACCAAAAUUUCCGAGGAUCUCAGGGAAUGUGUCGUCAAUGCGGACGUCACUAUGGAACCUAAAGAUACCACAUUCGAAGGAUUCGACGAUAGUAUUCUGCCACACCAUGACUCCGAGGUCAUGGAUACGACCACGGACGAAGCUCACCCCGCUCAAGAGGUUCGCAGAACGACCAAGUCGAGCGAACCAUCCGAGACCCCGAACUCAUUUCUAGAAGGUAUUGCACAACACUCCAUCUCCACUGUCGGCCAUUUGGGAAAAGUUAGAUCGCCAGCCGAGAACUCAGUAUCUGACCUUUCACAGGUUAGCAGCCCUUCACGUCAAUUGCACGAUGGAACGACAAGUAUCAUCGACGUGUCGGCUGGCGAUGUUUUGCCUUUAGAGCUCUCUGAUGGCAUUUCUGCAUUAAUCGAGCAAACCACUUUCGACCCUACGUUUUCGGAUUCUGCCCCUGAAUACGAAGAAUCCUCGAUGCAAAUACAUGAAGCAGAUGUCAUCACUGGAACACCGAGAAUUUCUCAUCACAAGCGUAAAGUUCCUUCCUCGUCUGCAAGCAGUGUUCGUAGCGGCCGACAACCUGACAUGUCCAUGAAUCUGGAUAUGGACCAACCGUUCACUUUUAGAGCCACGACUGAAGAUUCUACUGGGCAUGAUGAUCAACAAAACCACGGAGUUUCGCUUGUCUUGGGAAAGGUCACGGAGAUCGUCGGCGAUAGCGAAGACCAGGAUGAGACCCCAGUUCCUUCUUCUGCUCAGAAGAACGGCAACCUCGAAACACCGAAGAAGCAUAGUGCUUACGUCAAGGAUAGCCCGUCAAAACGAGACUUGACGGAUUCUGUUUCAUCGACACCUUGCUCGUUGGCCUCUCUGGGGACAGUCUGGUGUACAGCAGCGACUUCACAACGAAAUACACAGAGCCCCUCGAAGGUUCAACUGCUGUCGAGUAUGAAGUCAGAGAAAUCACAGACGUCGAAUGAGCACGACGCCGAGUACGAAGAGGCCAUGCGGAAAUUGGACGACUUUUCUGAGGACGAAGAAGUCUCACAAAGCGUAAGCAAGAUCAGUGAUAGCUUCAAGAAAAAGAGCCAGUCUUCAAAGCCGCAGACCCAGUCUUCCUCGUUUGGUGGUGCAGCCAACAACGAUCGGUACAUGGGUUGUGGCUCUGACUUUGACCGUCUUUCAUCACUCCCACCGCGUGCUCGUACCGACAUGAAGAUCUCGCCACCUCCCAUUCUUCGUCGAGAGGGUACCAAGAAGUCCCAGGUCCCAGCAUCGCCACCCAUCAAGACUCGAGACUCCCCCCCGGCAUCAAAGACCAGACGUUCGAAUCGCACCUCGUCGCAAUAUAACUUUUCAAUCCCGUCCGGCACACAAGUUCUCGAGAUCAGCAGCGAUAGCGACGAACCGAAAUUCGUAGAACAUUAUCCAGAUGACGACAAGGAUGAAAGCUACUCACCAGCAAGAGACGACGACGAAGAGAACAUCUCGCGUGCGAGAUCACCGAAAGCACCCGGCUGGGUUAAGAAGAGCCGUCCUGCCGGAGGCUCCACGGCCCCAUUGGCGUCCCAGAAGAAAGCGCCGAAGACUAGGAGAGAUGUCGGUACCUCUCAGAACUCGUACAACUCUCAGCUUAGAGGUAUGGAGAGUGCUGCGGCUGCGAUGAAGAGACUCAAGAAAGGCACCAAGGUCAAGAGUUUGUUCUAG